CUUUUUGGCUUCGGAGUCUCUCCGUCUCCCUGGAGACCGGCUGGGCUAGGAGGGAAAAGGGACUUUUCCAGGGCAGGGAAGUGGGAUGGUAGGGUCCCUUUCCCUUGCACACCACCUCAGCAUGGCCCAGGCCUCCUUCUCCUUCUCGGGGUCUCCCCCUUCCCAUGGCCUCACCCCUUCCUGACUUGGGGCGGGAGGGAAAGGAAGUCGGAUAUCCUGCUGAGAUCCAAGAAUCAGGGAGUGGAGGUGGUCGUGGUCGCUUGGGUAGCACUUCUGGCAGGACAGGGGGAAAUCUUUGAAGUGGUGGAGGUCCCCAAAGGAGCAAACUGAGUGUGCAUGUUCCUCCCGUCCCCCACCCCAUCUACCAGCUUGGCUCCCGCCCGGGCUUCCAGUCCAUCCCAAGCACUUUACCAUAGCACCUCACGAGCCCUGAGCCCCCACAGAAUGGAAGAUGGAGGGAGUCCCUUCUUGGGUCGGAGAGAUUUUCUCUACCCACCCCCAGCCCAAGAUCCAGGUGGGGCAGAGCUUGGGGAUGGCCUGGCCAAGAAAGAAGAGAAGAAGAUGAAGGCUGCACGGCUCAAGUUUGAUUUCCAGGCUCAGUCACCUAAGGAGUUGACCCUGCAGAAGGGAGACAUUGUGUACAUCCACAAAGAAGUGGACAAAAACUGGCUGGAGGGAGAACACCAUGGGCGGCUUGGCAUCUUUCCAACUAACUAUGUUGAGCUGAAAGGAUCUACUGCUUCAGAUCAAUACUUCCACCUUACCCAUGUCCCUAACCUGGAUACUCAUCUGUGACCUGCAUCUUUGACCUUGUUCUAAGGAGACCCAACCCUGUUCUACAGUUCUUUCACUGGUUUCUUGCAUGUGGCUUGACUUCCUUUUUUAAAAA